UCAGUCUAAUUUCCGCCCCGCAUUAAAUCCAGGAAGUGACGUAACAGUUUUCAUGCCCCUCACGAGCAUGGCCGCUUACAGGAGCAUCGGGGUUGGAAGGAAUUUAGCUGUUCUUUUAACGAGAUCGCAUCCUGUGUGCAGUUACCAUGGAGCAGGGCUCAACAGACCCCCCCUUCACAAAGUGGGCAGAAGGCAGAUUCCACAGCAAACAACCACUAUGUUCAUCAGAAACAUGUUUAUUCAGACCCAAGACACUCCAAACCCAAACAGCCUGAAGUUUCUCCCUGGUCGCGUGGUGAUGGAAUCAGGGACUAUGGACUUCGCUGGACCAAGAGAGGCUUAUUGUUCACCUUUGGCAAGGCAGUUGUUCAGAAUUGACGGAGUCAAGAGUGUCUUUUUCGGCCCUGACUUCAUUACCAUUACUAAGGCCGAUGGUGAAACGGAGUGGAAGGUGAUCAAACCAGAUGUCUUCGCUACCAUUAUGGACUUCUUCACCUCUGGACUUCCUGUUGUCAAUGAGGCAGAUGCUCCACAUGCUGACACAGCCCCUUCGGAGGAUGAUGACGAGGUGGUGGCCAUGAUUAAAGAAUUACUGGACACACGCAUAAGGCCCACAGUGCAGGAGGACGGCGGUGACGUGUUGUAUCAGGGUUUUGAUGAUGGUAUUGUAAAGCUGAAGCUGCAGGGUUCCUGCACUAGCUGUCCCAGCUCCAUCAUCACGCUGAAGAGUGGCAUCCAGAACAUGCUGCAGUUCUAUGUUCCCGAGGUGGAAGGAGUUGAGCAGGUGAAAGAAGAGGAUGUGGAUGUUGAAAAGGGUGUCCUCUGAUGUCAUUCCUGUCUCCAUAAUAAAUUUCCCAGCACCCCCCUUUUCCCUUCAGUGUCCAAUCAUGUAGAAGGAGCUUUGAGUUUAGAAGAGACAGUUACACAGCUGUAAGGCAAAUGGACAAAUCUGUGUGUCAGCACACUCCUUUAAAGUGAUAGUUCACCCAGAAAUGAAAAUUGUCAUCAUUUACUCAACCUCAAGUUGUUCCACACCUGUAUGAGUUUCUUUCUUCUGUUGAACACAAAAGAAGAUAUUUUUGAAGAAUGUUGUUAAUCAAACAGUUGACGGUAGCCAUUGACUUACAUAGUAGGAAAACAAAUACUAUGGAUGUCAGUGGUUACCGUCAAUUGUGUAGUUACCAGCACUCUUCAAAAUAUCUUCUUUUGUGAUCAAUAUGAUUUUGUGAUGACAGUAACUCAGGUUUGGAACAACAUGAGGGUGAGCAAAUUAUGACAAAAUUGUUCAUUUUUGGGUGAACUAUCCCUUUAAACACUUAUAUUAGCUUCAGACAUCAAGUAUGCAGCAAAUGUUUUUACCCUACAUUUUUGGAUAGACAGUGUUUGGUCGGUGCUGUAACAGGUUUUGGGUUGGUCGCCCCGUAAUAUUUUAUAGAUUGUCACUCAAUGCACUGGUUAAAACAAAAAGCAGAAUGUCAUGUAUUGUGUAUAUAUGAACAAAUUACAUGCAAUAUAAUACACGUGUGGAUAUUGUUAUAAGAAAUCUACUGGUUUCAUGCUAAAUGGAUCCUCAAGAAUCCUCAUUUUAUUAUGGGUCAUUGGAAUUUAUUGCAGUUAUUUAAUAGAGAUUAAAUUUCAGAUAAGCUAAAUAAAUGAAAAAAUAAGAAAUAAGUUUCAUUCACCAUCAGCUGUAGUGCUCUUUUGUCAGUGGUGUUGUACUUGAUUAAAGAUGAAUUGCUUGUAUUGCUUAUUUGUAAUUCAGAUAAAAACAUCUGGUAAAUGAAUAAAUAUAAAUGUAAAUUAAUAUUAAAAAUUGUAAUAUUUUCAUAGAUUUACACAAGAAAAUGUUACAUGUAGAAACUAUUUUGUAAAUAUUAAAAAUAAAUAAAGAAAUAAAACAGGAAAUAUGAAUGAAUGUUAA